AAAAAAACCCGAAAACCAAACACAAGAUCAGAAUCACAUUGAUUUUUCAAUAUCUUGCCAGUGUCUCAGGAACAUUUCCUUGCUGUCUUCCCUUAAAGGACAUUAACAGCUUUGUGAGCUUCUGAAAGCAUGGAUGUGUUUAACCAGACCCCAGGGAUGGGCAUUUGGGAUUUCUGGAUUUCCCUGUGAUAAGCAGUGUGGCGAUGGGACCUCAAUGCCUAGUUUAUUAUAACACAUUCCUAGAGGGGAAACGCUGGGUCACAACUCAUGGCCAUAUUUUAAGACCCCGGAUACCCAUCAAACCGUCCUCAUGUUCAGCAGGACGGGACGUCCAAUCCGAUUCCGAUUUCCUCAAGGCCCAGAAGUCUUGGUUCCUACCCCUCCCAACAGCAGCUGUGUGCCCCUGACCCCGCCUCCACAUCUGCACUAAGGCCCAAGUCGUGCUCUGGGCCUUGUGACCUGCCUGGUUCACAGGCUCACGGGGCUCUUACCUGGGUCCGCCCGGCUGAGUCAGCUGACAGGGGGGCGGAGCGGGCACCACCCUUCCCAGAGCCAGAACCUGGCUGGGACAAGGGCCACCACCCUCCAGGGAGGGGAACAGACUCUUGGCAGUAGCCGGAAAAGGACGUUUGGCAGCAUCUGGCCGGCAGAGUGUUCCAAGGAGCAGCCAUGUCCACGCUGUACCCAUCUCUGGAGGACCUAAAGAUGGACCAAGCCAUUCAGGCCCAGGCCAGAGCUGCGCCCAGGAUGCCCGCCCUGCCAGUCUCCCAGCCUUCAGUUUUGUACCCAAGCCUGGCGGAAUUGGAAAAUUAUAUGGGUCUUUCCCUCUCCAGCCAAGAAGUCCAGCAGAACCUGCUUCAGAUUCCAGAAGGUGCUAGUAUGGUGGGCUCUGGCCCCUUGCUGGGCCAGCUGGUGGCACCGGUGUCUGGGAACAGCCAAGGUACGCGGCGUGCAGAGAUCAAGCCUGGAAUGCGCGAGAUCCACCUGUGCAAGGACGAGUGUGGCAAGACGGGCCUGCGGCUAAGGGCCAUCGACCAGGGGCUCUUUGUGCAGCUGGUGAAGGCCAACAGCCCUGCGUCUCUUGUGGGGCUGCGCUUUGGAGAUCAGAUCCUGCAGAUUGACGGGUGUGACUGUGCCGGCUGGAGCACAGACAGAGCCCACCGGGUGUUGAAGAGGGCAUCGGCUGAGAAGAUCGUCAUGGCCGUUCGGGACAGGCCGUUCCAGCGGACCGUCACCAUGCACAAGGACAGCACGGGCCACGUUGGCUUCGUCAUCAAGAAGGGAAAGGUCGUCUCUGUGGUCAGAGGGAGCUCCGCAGCCCGCAACGGGCUCCUCACCAACCACUCCGUGUGCGAGGUGAACGGGCAGAACGUCAUCGGGCUGAAGGACAAAGAGGUCACAGAGAUUCUGGCCACGGCCGGGAGCGUUGUCACCUUGACCAUCAUCCCCACCGUGAUCUACGAGCACAUGGUCAAAAAUGGUGAGACCGCCGCUUUUUCAAGACACACUGUUCUCUGAGAGCCUGCCACCGUCACGUGCUGCCUGCGGGCCAAGGCAGGGGUGACUGGAGCCAGGGAGCGGUGCGGGGCUCUGGAGGAGGGGCACCGGCUUCGGAGCACCCCUGCUCAGCCUGUGUCUGCAUCUGCCGAGCAGGUACGAGAUCCACUUUGGGAGGGGCCGCAGGGGAGGGGACGGGGUGCAUUUACAGGCCCCGCCAAGUCUGACCCUGAGGCAGGCUGGGGGACGCCCGUCUGGAUCCUUCACCUGAGCCGGGAGGGGAGUGAUCCCAGCUGCCGCGACAGAUGCGUGGCUGCACUGAACCUGCACGCGGCUCUCUGCUUCCCUCCAGCUCAGAAAGGAUCUCUUUCUGCUCAGCUUUUCCCAGCAUGCACCCUGGGACUCCCAGGUUGGCAGGGACGGUUCGAGUCCCCUUCACCCCUCCUCAGAAAACAGACACGACAUAAAGAAAACAGGCCGAGGGUCUUGCUGCGUUUUCAUGCUUUAAUUCAGAGCUGUCUGCGGCAGGUACAACUCUGUCUGAACAGGACAAAGGAGACAAAGUGAAGACCCUCCCCACCUCCCCCCUUCCCGUGUCCCCUAAAUUCUCUGUCGAGGGGAUGGCCGAAUGGAAGAGUACGCCAUGACAUGUUUGCAUUGUCCCCCUAGGUCAGAGUGGGGGUCAUGAGUUCCCUGGGCUCAGGCCCUCAGUGGGCCCUGGUCCCAGAACUUUGUCAAUGCCUGCCCCUCCCCAGGGUGCUGUCAGUUCCCCGGUGCUAGUGACGACUGGGAAGGGUGUUCAGUGAAAAGCUUAAGUUAUCCCCUUGGGAGAUGCUCGGAAUAAACUCCGCCGGAGGCCAGCUCUCUGUGCAGAGUCCCAGCCCCAGCUCUGAUUCCUGCCUGAGCCUGGACCAGAAGAGCAGCAGGGAGGCCCAGGCCCGGGCCCUCCAACUAAGCUGAAGCCACUUCCGGCUACUGGGCUCUAAGGGACCAGCAGUUCCAGGAGGUGGUUCCUGGGAAAAUGUCCCUUAGGAUCCAAUCGGCUCCAGCUGGAGGCUGGGGAGAGGGGAGGCCCCCACGAUUUCUGCUCCAGAAGCCGAGGGCAGGAGGGGAAGGCCACAGCCCAGCAGGAGGAGGUAUUAAGCAAGAAGGAAAAGGGGAGCUUUGGAGGAGGAGCACUGUGCGGGCGGCCCGGGCCCCUGGCCUUGCCCUCCGGCCCCACGCUCUGUGCCCUGCGUCACCAGGGCUGGGAGCCCGAGCCGGCAGGCCGCUGUGCCUCCGGCGCCCGGAGCUGCACACGCAGCGCUGCCCCUCUUGCAUAGAUGCAGACACUGAGCACACACACGCACACACGGAGGGCCGGGCCCGGGCCCGGGCCGCCAGCCAGGGGGCCCCCCAGGGUCCGUCCCAGGGCCACCGCCUCCGUUGACGCGGAGAAGUAGUAAAGCCCCUCAGAGGCCCCAAAAGAGAAGACCCUCAACGCUGUGGGCGGGGCCCGGCAACCCGGAGCAGCAACAGAUGGGGGCAGCGGCCCCACUCACCUCAUGCGCCGCCCUUGGCGAGGGCCUUCUCCAGCAGCACAGAGCGGGCUCCGGCCCCAGCCCGGACCACGUCCACCAAAACACAAGACAGGACGGGAAGGCCACAGAUAGCAAGACACAGACGAGAGCAGAGGGGCUACGCGGCUCGACUAGAUUCCAGUGGUGAAAAAUAUAUAGAUUUUAUGUUGUCAAAUAUAGUCAUACAUUUAUUUUCUCGGCAAAGCUUUGACUGUUUCUAAGGAGACGCUACGCAGCUUCGUGAGUACACGGCACAGGAGGCUGGGUCCACGGCCAGUCCCGGCUUGGCUUUGGAUUGGGUUUGUCCACUGCCCCUCCAUGUCACGACCCCAGUGUCUGUGGGGCAGCCCCAGCCGGGCCCCAGGAGUUCAGGUGCGGCUUGGCUGGGGUAAGGGUGCUCCACAAAGGAUGGCUGGUCUGAGGCCCCCAACCGGUGGGGGGAGCUUUGGAGGCACAAAGCAUGUGGCAGAGGGGGCUGUCGCCCCCAUGGCUGGGCUGGCUGCCCACGUCCAGUGCAUGCAGGUGCCCCCCCCACCCCGCCCCCGAGUGGAGGGCGCAGAGAGGAAAGGCGGAGCCCAUAGGUCAGGCAACGGCUGUCGGAGCGGCUGGGGUGGGCAAGCAGCCUUGGCAGAGAACCAGAGGGGCCCCUGGACCGGAGGGAUGAGUAAGACACGGGGUCCCACCAACCCCUCCCAAAUGCGGGGCCCAACCUCUGAAGGAGGGGCGACCAGAUGGGUGUAAGCCCCACCAGGGAGAAGGAGCGGUUUACUUUGUAAAAUAACAGUGGUGGUAAAAGGUCAGCAGCUUUGCCGGGGGACCAGAUGUCCCAGGGAAGGAGGGGGGCAGGCCAGGGAAGCUCCCAGGCCAACUGGCCUCAGGCUGUGAGUGGGGAGGCUCAGGGCACCCCCGCUUGCCCCGCCCCAUCCCUGCCUGGGAGACAUCCCAGGGCACCCUGCUUUGGCCUGGACGAACAUCAUGGCUUCAGUAUCCCAUCUUGCCAUCCAUCCUGCUGGAAUUCCUUCCAGAGGCAGAUAGGUCUAAGUUUAGGAACCCUCGCCCUCGAAGGCAAACAGCCCCUCAGUGGAGACGCUGGGGUGCGUGAGAACCGAGCCCCAAAGUGAACAUAGUGCAAAGCAGAAGUUGGGCCUGAAGCCCCCAGAGCAAGUCGGGGUGAGCUCCAGGGGCGGUCGUGGCCUGUGGCUUCUCAAACCAGCUGAGGACUGCCCCCACGGUGGCGGGGCCUCAUCUCGGAAGGCUGGAGGAGCCCCCUGGAGCCGCCGGCCCCUGCCUCCUCCUCGCGUGCUGGCAGAGGCUCGGGACGGGAUGGGAGCCGGGCUCAGGUGCGCGCUCUGGGCCCCGGCGCUGGCCUGUCUGGCUCGGCUGUCGUGGGAGGAAUGAUCUGCGCCGAGAGGGGACCGGAUCCCGGGGAAGGUCUAGGACGAACAAACACAGAGAACCCACGCUGCGCUCUGCCACCUCCUGCCCGUCGCGGUCUUUCCUCCGGCCCGUGCCCACGGCCUGGAUGACGCUUCUGAAUCCCAGCGCCGGGAGCGGCCUGAAGACGCCAGACCCGGUGGCUGCAGACACGGCUCCGAGUCCUGGGCCAGCUGCCUGUACUCUGGGAGGUGGCUGCCUCCUCGUGAGGAGAUGAUGCUGGCCCAGGAGGCUGGACCCAGGGCAAGGGGCCUGAGAGAGAAGGCGUGGGCGGGAGGCCACCAGACAGGACGUGGGGGUGGGGGGCAGGGAGGCUCGGGCAUCUCAGGCCCGGCCUCCCCAGAUCAACACACCAGAGACCCUGUGGGCCGGGGCCGCCCCGCGGGAAGGUCCAGGAGGACAGGGCCGGGCCGGGGGGACCUCGCUACCUCCUCUGUCUGCAGUUCGUACAAUCGGCGUGCCUCCCUGCCUUCGGUCUCUCUUUCCUUGUCUCCCGUCAAAGUUUUGGGACGCCUUCCCCCCCACCCCGACUCUCAGCCCCUGACACGGUUCACAUCCUGAAAAAAAAACAAAAAAACAAAAAAAACAAAA